GUGCUACCUCGCUCAGAUACCAAAUAAUAAAUAUGUCAACUGAUGUACUCCCAACACCUCCUGAGUCAGAUUGUGUGAAAACAAAACUGGACUCGAGUAAGGAUCAAACUGAACAACUGAAGCCAAAUUUUGACAAAGGAGAAGCUCCCGAGCAGAUGUCCAAGCGACAGAUGAAGAAACUAAUGAGGCAAAAACAAUGGGAAGACCAAAGAGAACUCCGCAAGCAAAAGCGCAAGGAAAGACGCCAGAGAAGAAAAUUGGAACGCCAAUCUCACCUGGAAUCAAACUCAGAUGGCCAUGACAGGAAACGUUUUCGAAGUGAAGCUGUUCCGAGUCCACUCCGCCUUAUUAUUGACUGCAGUUUUGACAAUUUGAUGGUUUCAAAGGAUAUUAAGAAGCUUCAUAAACAGAUUCAGAGGUGUUAUGCAGAAAAUCGUCGAGCAUCACAUCCUGUGCAGUAUUAUUUGACCAGUCAUGGAGGUCAGCUGAAAAAGAUCAUGGAUGAAAAUGACAAAGGAUGGGUCAACUGGAAGGAUAUUCAUAUCAAACCAGAGCACUAUAGUGAACUUAUGAAGAAAGAGGACCUGAUCUAUCUUACAUCAGAUUCACCUAAUAUACUGAAGGAACUAGAUGAGUCCAAGGCCUAUGUGAUUGGAGGAUUGGUUGAUCACAAUCAUCAUAAGGGUAUCACAUAUAGACAAGCAUCAGAGCAUGGAAUUAAUCAUGCACAGCUUCCACUGGGGGAUUUUGUGAAAAUGAAUAGUCGAAAAGUUUUAGCUGUUAAUCAUGUUUUUGAGAUCGUAUUAGAGUACCUCGAGACAAGAGACUGGCAGGAAGCAUUUUUUAGCAUCCUUCCUCAGCGGAAAGGUGCUGUCCCUGCAGACAAAGUCUGUGAAAACUCUUCACAUGAACAUGGCAGCAACAGGGAUAAGGAGGAGGAGGAGAGUGACUCUAGUGCAGAGGAAAACACCGAAAAUGUGCUGGACCCAAUGCAAAAAGGAGAGGGGCCAGACAGAAUGGACAGCACAUACCCUCAGCAGUAAUGUCUGCAGAGAGAGAAGCGGAAGUGCCCCCAACUUCUGGCAUAGGAAACAAAAUCUACAUCCCCAUUAUGCUCUUUAUUUAGUUAUUAGUGGACUAAUUUAGAAGGACUCUUCUAAAUUGAAGAGUCCUUUGAAGACUAACUGAACAACGACAAUUUUUUCAUUUCUCCUCAACUGUUUAGAAAAUGGGUGCCUAAGGAAUUAAUACUUAAUGGCUGAACAUUAUGCAAACAGAGCAUACAGGAAUAGAUAGAGCACUGGACCUGGAGUGAGGAAGACCUCGAGUUUGUGUCUUGCUACAGACAUUAGCUGGGGGACCUUGGGCACAUCAGUUUCCUCAUUGGUGAAAAGGCUCCUGUAAUGGCACAUAUCUCAUUUCACAGGGCUAUUGCGAGCAUGAAACAAGAUAAUACAUUUGUGAAAAACUUUGUAAAUUAAAGUGUUAAAUAAAUCUUAGCUAUUUCAAUUAUUAUUAUUUCUUCAGUCUUCUAGUGUUUGCCUUUAUGUUCUUUCAUAUGAAUAUUUUAUCUGUUGUCAGUAACUGUCCACUCUAAGUUUUUCCAGUGUGUCAGGGAAUGUUUAGGAAGCCUACCUAAAUGCUCUGCUUGGUAAUUGGGUUU